AUGCUGAGGUUUAUGAACUGCAUUACAAGAAACACAAAUUUGAAAGGGAAUUGCUCAUCAACUGAAGAUGAAGCAAGAGAGUUUUCUUUAUGUCCAGUGCACACUCAAGAGCCACUGAAGCUGUUUUGUGAGACCUGCGAUACCCUUACCUGCCGCAGUUGCCUUCUGACAGAUCAUAAGGAACACAGGUUCAGACAUCUUGACGAAGCUCUGCAAAAUCAGAGAGUUAUUCUUGAAAAUGUCAUAACUAAAGUGGAAGAGAAAAAAACUGUAAUUCAGCUUUCAGCUAAACAGAUUGAAGACAGGUUGCUUGAAGUGAAACAUUUGUACAAAAAGGUAGAAAACCAAAUCAAAAUGGCCAGGAUGGUUCUGAUGAAUGAAAUUGAUAAACGAACAAACAUCCUUCUUGAACAUCUUGAAAAAAUCACCAGUGAAAGGAAGCAGAAAUUGGAGCAACAACUGCAAGGUGUUGUGGUCUUAAGCAGACAGGUGGAACAUGUUCAGAACUUCAUCAGCUGGGCUGUGUGCAGUAAAAAUAGCAUCCCAUUUCUCUUCAGUAAAGAGCUGAUUGUAUUUCAGAUCCAGCGCUUGUUGGAGACAAACUGUACCACAGACAUAGGCCCUCCUCUGAAGAUCAGAUUUACUUGGGAUCCCUCCUACUGGACUAAACAACUGUCCAAUUUGGGAGGUUUCACAAUGGAAGGUGAACACAUUUCUCACUCGGAUGUGCUACUCUGUGGAAACAUUCAGGAGUUACAAACCUCUCUCUGUCAUGGGCACCAUUCAUCAGCAUCACAGCUGGUGCCUGUGAGUACCCAGUCACAUCAGUUUCCACCUGUGGUUCAGAGUUCUGCACCUGUGUGUUGCUCUCACUGCCUCAGCAUUCCUCACCCAAACAAGUCUCAGCCUUCAUACCAAGACAUAAACCGCCAUAAAAACUUUCAACAAUCUCCCGAAUUGCACCAGCAGCACUUUCCUCUGCAGUACAGCAUGCAGCAGCAUGACAAAGAGCAAAGGGCCCCCCAGCCUGUGAAGCUAACACAUACUGGGCAGGAACAACAUUCUCUGUCAGAGCCAGAGAAUGUGUCCAGGAGAUUGGGAAAGCCCUUACCAUCCCAGCAGCCACAGCAAGCUGCACCCCCAGGUUAUGCUGUUGUAUCACAUGAGGCUCAGCAGAUUCACAAGAGCCAUCUGCAGCCAUUGCACACAGAGGCAUCUCUGGAGACAUCAACUGUGCAAGUGCAACUCGGUCACCUCCAGAAGAUAAAAUCUAACCACUUGGUGCAGCCACCUCCGCAGCAGCAGCAGCAGCAGCAGCAGCUGCCACUAGCAUCACCACUUCCAGGUCAGAAUGAGAACACCCACAAACAAGUCAUCCAACAGAGCCUAGACAUCAUGCACCACCAGUUUGAACUCGAGGAGAUGAAAAAGGAUCUGGAGCUUCUUCUGCAGGCGCAGGGACAGUCCAGCUUGCAGCUGAACCAAGCCAAGCCACCUCAACAUGUCCAACAGACCAUAGUUGGUCAAAUCAACUACAUAGUGAGGCAGCCAGCCCCAGCACAGCAACAAAUCCAAGAUGAAGCACAAGUCUGUGAGAGCUCCGCAGAAUCUGAUGCCCAGAAACCUGUAAUUCCUCUUGCUAAAAGUGAUAGUCCCUCCCUGUCACAGUCACUAGAUGAAGAAACCAGCGUCCACAGUCACUCCCCUGAGAGCACCCUGAAGCAAUCAGCCUUCCGUCCAGUGAGAAAGUGUUCAGCAUCCUUCAGCAUUGUGGACUUUUCCAACGAUUUCGAAAUGGAAUUACCUCCAACAAGGCUAUCUAGCUCGGCUGAUCCACAGAUGAAAAGUGCAGCUGCUGUAACACUUGGCCCAAUCCCAAAUGCCCUUUGCCACUGUAAUACUCCACCAGAGCCAGUGCCCAGCUACAGCCUGGCAUUGGGCAGAGCUCCAAGUGACCCGAGCCCUGGGGCUGCUGCUGGCCUUGCACCAGGUGAUGCACUCCAGGGCAGUACUAAAUGCAAGCUGGAAAAUGAAGACUUCAAUACUGUAGAUUGUCUUCUAGAAAACAGCCCAGCUACUGCUGGGCAAGAUGUAGUUAAUGAAUUAACUCUUUCUAUGCAAAAAGUGAUGGAAGAACCUAUUAAUCUUUCAAUCAAAAGAUCUCAAAAUUGCACUUCUACUGAACUACUCAGCAAUACUGCUUUCCUGCCCGUGAAUGCCAGACUGGGACAACUUAGAAGCAAAGAAGAUUCCAAUAACUGUGAAAAGGAACAUUUUGAAAUGGAUAUGAAAAGCAAUCAGGAUGUCAGAACUGGCCCUAAGGAGCACAAGAUCCCCUAUGUGCGACUGGAACGUCUUAAAAUAUGUGCAUCAGAAGUUGGGGAGCUCCCAGUGUUUAAGCUCCAGCCACAGGACAAUGGGCAGGAGGGCAAUUUCCUGCUGGUAAUUGAAUGUGGGACACGGUCUUCAAGUAUGUCUGUGAAGAUAAAUAAAGAUAGUCCACCUGAAGGACUGAAGUCCAAAGAUGAGAGCUCAGAGGACAGAAAAUUCCUCAUAUCCCAGGCUGCAGGACAGACACAAUCUCCUCCUGUAGAUACUCCCUCUGUUGAUCAGAAACUCAGCAAUGGCAUCCCCAUCAUGAAAAAAUCUCCAGUUACUCAGGAAGUCAGUCCAAUUGAAAAUGAGGAUUUCUGUGCUGUGUGUCUCAAUGGAGGAGAACUGUUGUGCUGUGAUCGCUGCCCCAAGGUCUUCCAUCUCUCCUGCCACGUUCCAGCCCUGCUCAGCUUUCCAGUGGGAGAAUGGGUGUGCACACUUUGUCGUAAUCCAGUGAAGCCAGAGGUAGAAUAUGACUGUGAAAACACACGCUACAGCCACAACUAUAGUGCACAAUAUGGCCUUGACAACUAUGACCAGAAGAAGUGUGAAAAGCUGGUGCUUUCCCUGUUCUGCAGUAGCAUGAGCCUCCCAUUCCAUGAACCUGUCAGUCCCCUGGCUCGUCAUUAUUAUCAGAUCAUCAAAAGGCCAAUGGAUUUGUCAACCAUACGAAACAAACUGCAAAAAAAGGACAAGUCCCACUAUUCUGCACCUGAGGAACUUGUGACUGACGUGCGUCUCAUGUUUUGGAACUGUGCAAAGUUCAAUUAUCCAGAUUCAGAGGUUGCUGAGGCUGGACGAUGCCUACAUAUAUUCUUUGAGGACAAACUUAAGGAGAUUUAUCCAGAUAGGCAUUUUCCUUCAAUGCAACAAGAUGACUCUGAUUCUGAAGAAGUGGAGAGUCAGAGCAGCAAAAUGCCACCCCAAGAUUUUCAGUGGCCACCGUAUGGACAGGAGUGCACUCAGCCGAAAAGGAGACGGCGCCACGUCGUAAGAUUGCAAAAGCAAAAGCAUUUGGUUGCUAAGUGGCCACCCUGCUAAUUCUGUUUACAGAUACUGAUGGGAAGUUUUGACAGGGCUGUGUGGGAAAACUGUCAAGCUUCUAUCACAGAUAUAUGAUCAGUUCUGCAAUUUUAUGUCAAGAUCCUCUGAGUGGAAUAAAGUGUCAGUUGUGUCUAAAUAUGUGAGCGUGAACAAAUGAAACCUCUCAGGCCACACAGUUAUCUUCCUAGCAGAAAAACCUGU